AUGGCCGACGAGGAGGAGCGCAUUAAGGCAGAGAAGCUGGCUGCAGCCAAGAAAAAGGUGGCCCAGAUGCAGAAGAAAAAGAAGAAGGCCAAUAAGACAUCCACUGCCGGAACAGAGACAUCCAAAGAAGCAGAGGCCUCCGCCGAAGCCGAACCUACAGAAGACGUCCCCGCCGCUACAGAAACACCAUCCCACGCCGACACCCCCGCGGAGGAGAAGCCAGAGACGCAGGAUGAACCGGUCACGGAAGCAGCCCGCGAACAAGCAGAGGAAUCACAACAGCCACAAGAACAGCAGGGGGUCGAUGCGCCUGUCGAAUCCCCUGUUGAACCAAUGCCUCCAGCGCCCACAUCUCCUGGCUCAGAUGCUGAGCCACUACCCACCCGACUCGAUACACCGCGCGCCAACCAUAGCCGACAACCAUCCUUGUCGAUCCAGUCUAAGAUGCGAUCUUCGUCAUUCCGCAAGACAUCUGUUUCUCAAGGCAGCGUGUCUCCCUCCCCGUCUGCAACACUCAAGUCCCCCGCAGCUUCAUUACCGCCCCUGACCGGAGAUGGGGAGUCAGUCCACGAAGUGUUCCGCAAACAGUCUACGAAGAUUGAAGAGCUCGAGAAGGAAAAUAAGCGGUUGGAGAAGGAUCUAUCGGAUGCGACUUCGCGCUGGCGCAAGACUGAGGAACAGGUGGAGGAUCUACGGGAGGCUAGUGUUGAUGGUGCGGAGUUGAGGGAGCAGCUGAAGAAGGCCGAGGAACAGGUCGCUAGUAUUGAUGCAUUGAAAGAGGAGAUUGCGUCUCUUCAGCGGCAAAACUCACAACUCCAGACGCGGCAACAUCGCAAUGCAAGUGCCACUUCAGAGUCGCCGCCGACUGAUCUUGUUCGCCAACUUGAGUCUAAGUCGGCUACGAUCGAAGCUAUGGAGCUGGAGAUCUCCAAUCUGCGUGCCCAGGUCACUUCCCAGACGUCUUCCAACCACGAACAUGAGUCCCAGGUUGCUGCGUUAGAGGAGAAGGUUUCGAAAGCCCAGACAGAGCUCGAGAAGUCUCAGCGCGAAUUGGCAGACACGAAGCAGGCGUUAACGCGAGCUUCCGAGAAAGCAGUCAAGGAAGGCGUCGACAAGACCUCCACCGAAACACUGAUCAAGGACCUCCAACGUGAGAUCGAAGAGCACAAGGCUGCAAAGGCGGAAUCAGAAAAGAAGAUCGAAACGCUGGAUAAGAAACUCCAGGCAAUGGGCAACCUCCACAAAGAAGCCGAGGCCCGGCACCAAACCCGUCAACGCGAGAGCGAGAAGACCGACAAAGAAAUCGCCGUCAUGCGCAAAAAGCUCGCCAGCAUCGAGAACGAGAACCUCAGACUCCGCGAAGAGCGUGACCGCGUACGCACCCGCGAGACGAGCGGAGGCGUCGACGACGAUGCCCUGGAUGAACUCGAAGAUGAGGAACGCCAGCGUCUGGAGCGUCGCAUCCGCGAGCUGGAAGGCGAGGUCUUCGAUCUACGCCGUGGUGUCUGGCAAGAGAAGCGCCAGGAACUGUCCGAGCACUUCCCGGAGGACGGGCCUAGCCCUGGCUCCGGCGAUGCAGCCAAUGCAUUCGACGACGUCGAUCUUGUUGGUGGACGGCCUGACCAUGCUCGCCGCCGUAGCAUGGGCCAGCAACAACACUCUUCCUUCUCGACAGUGCUCUCUAGCGGCUUUGCUGCGUUCACAGGAGGGGGUGGGAACCGCGCCCGCGCUUCAUCUUCUAACCCGCCUCAUCCCGCCGGAACACGUGGCAGUCUCGAGCUUGUCUCCGAAGAAAACCUGGAUGAUGAAUUCGAUGAGGAUGCGUUUGCCCGAGCACAGGCUGAAGAGGAGGCUCGUAAGCGCGUCGAAUGGAUGCGCGAUAUCAAGAGCAAGCUGCGCGACUGGAAUGGCUGGAGAUUGGAUCUUGUUGAUAGUCGCGCUGGCGCCGAGGGCGCUGGCGUAGGCAUGGGUGAGAUCUUUGAGGUUUGA